AUGGAGGUAAUUACUUGCUUGGACUGCAAGAAACAAACCGAUGUAGUGAUCGACUAUCAAUCCGGGGAUACAAUCUGCACAGAAUGUGGUCUCAUCCUCGAUUCCCAUUACAUUGUCGACUAUUUUGACCGAAAUAUCUCACAUAUGACCUCUCCCAUCAGGACCAAACUUAAGGUGGGCACGAACGGUCUCAGGAACCCUAACCCUAAUCUCGUUGACAAAGCCUCCUCCACAAGCUACAGGAUCUCAUCACCGUCUUGCUCCAGUCAUAAAGAUCUGCUAGAAGACCAUCACACGAGGUUGAUUGAGGAGCUAAUGCUCGUGAGAUUUGAUUGCCUUGUAGUUUACUUGCGGUUGAUGUAUGAUUACAAGAGCAUGCAGCAUCUCCCAAUUAUCAGGUUUUCAAUGAUCUACCAUGUCGUCUUUGAAGCCGAUAUUGAAGACGUCUCAGUGGCUGCGGAAGUCGCGAGCCCUGAGGAUCAGCUAAAACUUACCUUGUAUCUUAAGUUCGUACAGCAGCAGAAGCAAAAUCUGCUAUGUUUUAGUAUCGAUCUUGAAUUUUUUGCAUCUGGGUGUUUAUUAAACGAUGAGAUAGCUCAUGUUCUUGAGAAAUUCGCUAGUGUUACUACCAAGCUUUAG